UUAGGAAUAAAGCAGCUGUAAAUAUUCCUGUAUGUGUCUUCAGUGAAUCGCAUCUAACCCGUCUGCCUUAUUUGGGGUGCACAGCUCGUCGGUCCAGCCGGCUGGGGAGCUGUUGCUUCUGCGAACCCCGCCGGCAGCCCGAGCGCUGAAACAUGCUGAAGGCGAGCAGGCAGCGAAAGAGUGAAGAAAACGCUCUCCUCCCGCUCCGCUCCUCCACCGCCGCCCCAGUCGCCCCGGGCCCCCGCCCCCAAACCCCGCGCAAAGUUGGCCCGGAGACGGGGCAGAGGGACCAGGGGCCCCGGGAGGCGGAAGGCAGGAUGCCGGCGCGGUGCGUCCCGCAGCCGCCAGAGCCUCCGGCCGCCGCCGCCGCAGCUGUCACCUCCUCGCGCGGCCGCCCGGCGCGCCCCUCGCCUUCAGCCGACAGCUCGGAACGGCGGGGCUAACCGCUCCCGCUCCCAGGUCGCCGCGUCCCCAAGUCCCGGUCCUCACCCCAGCCCACGCGCUGCCUCCUGCGCCCCCGCCCCCGCCACUGCAGCGGGGGCAGCGGAGUGGCGCUCCCCAGGACCGUCGGCCACUUUCCCGGGCACACCGCUGCUGCUGCGGCGGCCGCCCAGCGCCGCAGCCCGCAGCCCAGCCCGCGGACGCCCCCGGCCAGGUGACGGGGACCCGCGCCUGAGCAUCCCGGGGCGUGCGCUGGGUGCGAAAGCGAGGGGCGGGAGGAAAGGGGGCGGAGGAGUUCCUGAUUCCCCGGCGGACCCAGGAAGUUGUCCUUAGGAAAAAAAAAUUAUAUCGCCGGCCCGCGGUUGAGCAGCCACCUCGUCAGAGCAGCAUGUGGACUGGCUCGCCGGGUCCCCUAAGUGCUGUGUGGCUGCCGCUGCCGCCGCCGCCGCCGUCAGAGCAGCCGCUGCUGCCGGCAGCAGGAGCCCCGCGCGGGGCGAGGAGCGGGGACGCGCCGCCGCCGCCGCGUCCCCUGCUUGCCGCUGGCCGCUUCUUCUCGGGAGGUGGCAGUCACUGUCGCUGCUGAGAAACCAGCCCGCUUUUCCGCGCCUGGUCGUCUGGUGAGGAGUUGAGACUCUGCGCCUCCUGCUUGGACCCACAUGGCUUGUUACCUGGUCAUCAGUUCGAGACAUCUCAGCAAUGGGCACUAUCGGGGCAUUAAAGGAGUCUUCAGAGGGCCCCUCUGCAAGAACGGAUCUCCCUCUCCGGAUUUUCCAGAAAAGGAGAAGUCUACAGCAAAAGCCUUGGAAGAUGUAAAGGCAAACUUUUACUGUGAAUUAUGUGACAAGCAGUAUCACAAGCACCAGGAGUUUGACAAUCAUAUUAAUUCUUACGAUCACGCUCAUAAGCAGAGACUGAAGGAAUUAAAGCAACGGGAAUUUGCUCGAAACGUAGCUUCUAAGUCAUGGAAAGAUGAGAAGAAACAAGAAAAAGCACUUAAAAGGCUUCACCAGCUGGCCGAGUUAAGACAACAGUCUGAAUGUGUUUCUGGAAAUGGACCAGCAUACAAAGCUCCCAGGAUAGCCAUAGAAAAGCAACUCCAGCAAGGAAUUUUCCCAGUUAAGAAUGGCAGGAAGGUAUCGUGCAUGAAAAGCACUCUUCUCCUUAAAGGAAAGAAUCUGCCCAGAAGCAUUGCCGAUAAACAACGGUCUGCCAUGCAAAACCGACACCAGUUGCAAACGGACAGACGUUAUUUGUUCGGAAAUCGGGUAUCACAAACCUCUUUGGAUCUCAGCAAUGCAAACCACAGGACAGGAGUAUCGUUUUCUUUUUCCAAAAAAGUGCAUUUGAAAUUAGAAUCUUCAGCCUCUGUUUUCAGUGAGAACACAGAGGAAAGCCAUGAUUGUAACAAGUCACCCACCUACAAAGCAAAACAAACUGCAGAGAAAUGCAAGUGCCGCAGGUUUGCAAAUGAGAAUACGCAGCUCGCUAAGGAAAAAGAUAUAAACAUCACACCACGCCAUCUGGAGAGUGUCUUACACAAUACCUUCUCCAUAAGCUCUCAAAUCCUGCAAAACAAAAAUGACUCUAUUGAUGAAACGGUAGAAGAUUCGAUUGGCAUUCAUGCUUCAUUCUCUAAAUCUGAUGUUCAUCUUUCGGAUGUGGAUUUGACUCCUUGCAGCAGAGAAAAAGAAACUAGAAGUACACUGAAGAACUCUUCAGAAAACUGCAUUCAUCACUCAUGCCAAGCAAGAGCUUCCUCCAGCCCACCAAACAUUUACAAGCCCAGUGAUGCCAGGAUAUUUGAGUGUCUGGAUGAGUUUCCAUCGCUGGAGCCGAGUAAGCAAAACAGUACAGUGCAUCUGAAUCCCGACUCCGGAAUGGAGAUGAGAGACGCAUCUUUAGAUGAAACAGAAGGAGUUAGCCUUGUAAGAGACGUGUGUCCCCACGAUACGAAGUCGAAACCAUUGCCUUUUCUCCACGUACAAAGUAAGGAUGGCCACACCACUCUCCAGUGGCCCACGGAACUUCUGCUCUUCACAAAAACAGAGCCCUGCAUCUCUUACGGAUGCAACCCCUUGUAUUUUGAUUUUAAGCUUUCUCGGAACGCCAAGAGUGACCAUGAUUCAGAGGACCUAAAAACAGAACUGAUGAAGGAGCCCUCGGAAAUGAAGACAACAAUACAGAGCCAAGUCUCAGGUUUAACCGAAGACCAACAAAAAUUGAUCCAGGAAGAUGAUCGGUCUCCGAAACCAAAGAUGAUGAUAGCUAAUCCAGAUUGGGAAAAUUUCCAGAGAAAAUAUAAUUUGAGCUGCAACAAUUCUAAGCCAAAUAUGAAUCAACAUAAUUUUAGCGCAAGUGAUUUGGAAAUGAAAAAUCCUGAAGUGCCUGCUUACCUUGAUAUCUCUCUGAAGAACUGUGUAGAAAACAACAAUAAUAGUGAUAAGGAACUUAAGGAACCUUCCAGGGCCCACUGGCAAAGCUGUCAAAGGGUCAUCCUAAAUGAAGCAAGUGAGGGCCUAGCUUUUUCUCCUUAUAUCUCGAGGACUAAGAAACCAAAACUGAUUCCUCGCAAUCUUCAUUCAGAUUUUGAAGAUGCAAAUCAGUUCACCCGGAAUUCUAGUUCUUACCCAGUGAGGGGUCACGGUGGUCACGAGAAGGACUUCAGUGUAAUUUUGAAUAGUAACCACACAGGCAUGACCCACAGGACUUCCGGAUGUAGAAACCAAACUUGCAGGAGAGAUUCCCCAAACCUGUCUCUGACUAGGCUUUCUAGCCCUUCAGACACGUGCCCCCGCAGCAUAUCCAGCCUGAGAAGUGGUUGUUCAAGUCCUAAGUCUAGGGGGAAUGGCCAAGGUAAUUUGUUCUUCUUUUGCAAAAGGGAACACAACUCCUCUGAAAGGCGCAAAAGGAGACACCAAAAACACAGCUGCCUCUGCCCAUCUGAGGAGAUGGUCAAGGGCACCUGCCUGCCAUCUGAAAUACAGAGAGAUCGGAAUUGCAGAUCGUGGGAAUCGGCUAAGAAUGAAAAAUACUCCACACAUAAAUACGGUCGCUGUAGACAAAGACCUAAACCAGGCAAAAAUCAGCAGCAGUUUUCAGGGACCAAAUCCAGGAGAAUCCCCCACUGUGAUUCUAGCUCACAGCUGUCCUGUCCUGGGAACAGUGAAAAGCCACCACAUUGCCAGGGACCUCGGCACGGCAGAUGGGGCUCUCACUCAGGAGAGAGUGUUUAUUGCUUAAAUAAAAGCAAGAGAAGUCAAGAGUCUUCGGACAGCCCUCAUAUUUGUGACCUGGGAAAAGUAAAUUCCAUGCAGUGUCACUCUGGGAACAUCAGCUGCCUUCUAAGAAACUGUUCCAGCAGCCCUUCAGAAACCACAGAGUUGAAGGAAGGAGAGAGGACCCCCCUGACAGCCAAAAGUCUUUUAGAAAGAGUGCAAGCCAAGCGAUGUCAGGAACAAUCAACUAAUUUUGAGGUCUCUUCAAAGAAUCACAAAAACGAAUCAGAGACUCAUUCACAAAUUCAAUGCACAAUUCAAUUUACACCACUGGGCUGUCACCCACCAGCAUUGCCUUUGUCUGAAAAAACACAGAACGCAAGGAAAAAAACGAAUGAUCAAGGCAGUGCGAUUCAAAGGACUCUAGAGAAAGACCAAGUCAGAAGUUCACCGACAAAUAAUGUCGCUGUUUUAGGAGAUCCUGAUUGUAAUAACCAUCUUUCUAAAGGUCUAAUUCAUGUGGUAGCAGAUUCUCAGUCACCAAACAUGAAAAAGAACCCAACAACAAAAGAACAAGUAAAACCUUUAAUUGGUGAAGUCCAACAUUUUAUUCAGCGCCGUGACCCAGUACCAAAUGAUUUCCCUGGUGCUUUUCCAUCUAACAGAUAUACUGGUGUUACAGAUUCAACAGAGACCAAAGAGGACCAGAUUAAACUAGGCUUGGAGGAUGUGAGCCUGCCUAUGAAUCAUGGAGAGGGAAAUAUAAACCCUUACUGUGACAGAACUAUGCAGAAGCAUGACAAAGUAGAAGAUGAAUCAGAAGCGUGCCAUAAAUCCAGCUCGCCCCCUUUAAUUCAACAGCCAAUCACAUUUUCUCCGGAAGAAAUAGAUAAAUACAAGCUCCUCCAGCUACAAGCCCAGCAGCACAUGCAGAAACAGCUCCUAUCGAAGCAUCUUCGAGUUCUGCCCGCUUCAGGGCCGGCUGCCUUCUCCCCGGCCUCGGCCGUCCAGACGGUCCCGGUUCACCAGCACGCCUCCAUCACCACUAUCCACCACACGUUCCUGCAGCAUUUUGCUGUUUCUGCUUCCUUAAAUUCCCAUGGCGGCCCCCUCCCCAUAGCUCAUCUGCAUCCUCUUUCCCAGCCACAUUUCACUCCAUUCGCAUUUUCGCCUCUGACUCCCACGAUCAUCCCAGCACACCCCACUUUCUUAGCGGGCCACCCCCUACAUGUGGUCACCGCUGCUCCCUUCCACCCGCCCCACAUCACACUUCAGCCCCUGCCCUCGGCCGCUUUGAUCCCCACGUUGUUUGGCCCUCACUUAAACCCCGCCACUGCUUCCAUCAUCCACUUGAACCCUUUAAUCCAACCGGUGUUUCAAGGUCAAGAUCUUUGCCAUCAUUCUUGCUCCAGUCAGAUGCAACCGUUAAACGGAGUGAAAGAGGCCUUAAAUGUAUCAGCGCACUUGAACUAACAGGUGUCCAAGCCCCUCUUGCGGAUAAAUAAAACACAUUGUCGCUACCUACAGAAAUGGUAUAUUUAAAGUGAUCUAUCUAUCUGAUUAUUAUUAAGAUUUUAAAUAUUGGUGCCAAUUCAAAAUGUGACCAGUAUACAAAUCUGAACUGAAUUGCCAAUAUCAAAACAGGAGCAUUUUAAGAAUUUAUUUUAACUUGAAUAAAUAACAGAGCAAAUUUAAAGUAACUCUGUGGAAGGGUAGAGGGAAAUGUGUUAAAGGUAUGUUUGGAUGAAUUCUCACAUAAUAUUAUAAAAUGAUAACAAAACAUUCAGGCAGGUCAUUGAUAUUACAAAGAAAAUAAACUGGAACAUAAUAUUGUAUGCUCUAGGUGUUUGCUGCGCGAGUGAAUGAAUGGAUCACACGUUUGGUUUUAUGCAUCAGGUAAUAAUAGAAGGUCAGUGAAUUAAACUGUUUAUCAAAAAUAAUUCCUAUGGUUAACUACUGACCAAGCUUUCAAUCAAUACAAUCUGUUUCAAUUAAAAUAAUUUAUAUUUUCAUAGGAAAUAAGAGAUGGCAAGAAAUUUUCUGAUUAAUUCAAGUUGAAAAUUACUCUUCAGUGAAAAACAAUCUUUACACAGAUUGUAUCAUUGAGUUUCUGUGAAAAGUUGGGUUAUCAUCCUUUCACAUACAUCUGUGUUAAGAGAAUUUUGUAACUGUAAGAAUCAUCAACAUCUAAAAUUAAGAAUGUUUAAUUUUUGUAUAAGAAAACAUACAUAAGCUAUCACUAGUAUUUGAUAAUGCAAAAUAAAAAAUAAAAUACACUCAAUACCAUUUUGAAUAUAUUGCUUAAUCUUUCAAACAUUACAGGGAUUAAAAUAUUAAGUUUUCUUUAUUCUUCUACUUAACAAAUCUUACUGUGUUCACCCAAAAUUAUGUAUAAGUAGAGAGAUGAACAUUUGGAAGUGUCAGAAUUUUUACAUGAUCUUUAUCGAGAAAGUCUUAUAAAUUACUUUGUGUAUUUUACUCAAUUAUAGUAGAUAUCAGGAAAACACAGUGAAUGGUGCUGAAUAAAAUCACCAUUCGCAUAGUUUUGCAAGUGAUCUUAAAUAUUUAUUCAAAAUGUUUCCUAGUCCACAGAAUCACAUUUGUUACAUCAGUAUUCUGAAUGGCUCUCCAGUUAGAGUUAUUAUUUUAUAUUCAUAAAAUGAAACAAAAACUGGUAUGACUGCACAUUUCCUAUAAUUCAAGUUUCAGAGAAAAUCAACUAAACAGAAAUGGAGUGAUCGGCCCCCUACUGCAUGUAGGAUGAUGGCAGUGUUUCUGUUACAUGAGAUGGGUGUCUUCUUCAGCCUUGUUUCAUAGGGAAGACAGCCAUCUUCACUGAAAUUCUCCAGUGCAUCAGGCAGAGUCUGGCUAAACAUCUGUUCUGUUAUUUCACUUAAUUUUCACAAAUGUAUUUUGAGAUGAAUGUUAUCAUUCCUCUGUACGGAUGAGGAAAAUGAAGUUGAAAGCACAAAUUCUUAGUAAAUGAUAGGAAAAGAUAUCUUUGAUCCUGGGGGGAGAGAGGGAGAGAGACAGAUAGGCAGAGAUAGAAAAAGAAGAUAACGUGAUUUUGAAAUUGUAAUGUAAAGAAUUUAUGUAGCUUCCUAGAUAUCAUCAGAAAGUUGCAGGAUGGGGAUUUUGACUGAGAUAUGGCAGUAGGAAUGUCUAACUUACCGGAAAAGAAUUGAAAAAAUAAAGGAAAGGCAUCAAAUAGCAAAAGAAGCCCUCUGUAUUUGCAUGGAACAUCAUAAAAAUCAUUAUAAAAGAACAUUAAGAAACAUUGGAUGAAUGUAAUGGAAGUAAAAUAAAUAGAAAACUUAUUAUAAAAAAAUAAACAAUAAUUGGACCAGCAGAUUAAAAAAUAAUAAUGUGGAUGACAAUUUCUUAAAACAGAUUAUAAAGUUGACAUAGCCAAGACAGAGUGAUUAUGGAAACACACUAAAAGUCUUAUUAGGAAAAAGAAAGUACCUGAUUAAUUUUUGUAAUUGUCUUUGUGACAAUUUCAUCUCUCCAAAGGUUAGACCAGAAAAUCUCUAUUGAGCACUUCAUUUUGACUAACAAGGACAGAUUGAUAUGAGUUGAUGGCAUGGAAAUGACUGUCUUGUAUUAUCAGUGAUGACAAUGUUCUCCAGCGAUGCUAUCUUGGGCUUUGGGAAAGAGACUUCACCAUUUAAAUAAGAGAUAACUUAUACCACAGAGUGAGAAAUUAUAAGUUGUGACAUCACAUGUGGAAAUCUACAAUUAGGAAAUAUUCCAAUAAGGAGAAAAACAGUCCUUUAAACAUUCCGAUAUAAACUGAAUGGGGGAAACAUUAGAAUAAUUUUUAAAGUGCCGUACAUCCAUGAGUCAAAAUGAACAGAGAUUAGGUUAAGGUCUUUUUAAUAUCUCAUUUGUGGGAAAUACCAAAAGAAGUUAAUAUUUUGCUUCUGCUUGCUGCUUGCUGCUGGGGAAGAUAAUCUAGUAGGAUCUUUUCCACCAUUAGAAUGACUGGCUUUUACUGAGAGAUGAGAAGCUACUGGAGAAUUUUGUCACAGGGGAGACAUGAUUGCUUCAUCUUGGAUUUUUACCAGGGUCAUUCGGCUAUUGCACUGUAAAUAAUCUCCAGGAGAGUCGAGGUGGGGAUGGGGAGGCUGAUUAGUAGAUUGGACGCAGACAAGAGAACAAAGUAAUGUGCUCAGCCACAGUCUGGUGGGAAUGUUGAGAAGUGCUGAGAUUCUAGAUUUAUUAUGACACUAGACCUGGGAAAGUGUGCUUCAUAUUGAGUAUAGGGUGUAAGACAAAGAGAGGAAUUAGAAAUGACAUAAUUGUCUUUG